AUGGCCAUGCAAGCACAGAAGAUGGGGUGUGCUUGGGGCAGGCUUUUCCUGCUGCUUUCCCUUCUCCUCCAGCUGCCGGGCUCCCAGGCCAAAUGCUACUUCCAGGCUAAAGCUCCCUGUGAGUAUGAAGGGAAGCAGUUCUCCCUUGGGGAAUCGUGGCUGAGCACCAACUGCCUGCUCUGCACCUGCCUUCAUCCCGUUGGCGUGGGCUGCUGUGAGACCACCCAGCACCCCAUUGACUUCCCUGACUGGUGCGAGGCCCACUACGACUCRCAGACCUGCCAGAUCUCAGUGGUGCAGAAGGCCAACCCCAGCCUGCCCUGUGUGAAGAGCAUGGAGCACGAGUGGGGCUCGGCAGGCACCCCCGAGCCGCUGGUGAACAAGGUGCUGGGUGCAGGGCUGAGCAGAUAGAGGCUCAGCAGCGCCCUGUGCCCCUCGGCACCAUCCUUCCCCCUCCAGAGCACACCACCCGCAUGCUCCAGACCUGCCCCACCCACCCUGUAGAGGCAUCACCGCUGCCGCCUUUGAGGAAAACCACUAUCCACACACCAUGGUAUCAAGCUUUGCUUCUGCCUUCAGCUUCCUGAACCCAGGGCGUGCUCCCUGUCAGAUGUUCUGCACACCACGGAAAUGCAGAUUCUACAGGAUCUCCUCCCAGGUGGGCAGAAAAACUCCAGUGACUAAAAAAGGGCUACAGGACAAAAUCAGCCUGCUCCGUGGCACUCCUGUACUUCCAUUUCCAGCCUUAAGUGAAGUAGCUCCCCCUGCUCCCUCCCUGACUUCUGUUCCUCUGCACAGCAACCACCAGGAGCUUGCUGGGGAGCAGAACUGCCCCUUGUGCAGGAUCCCCACACCCUGUACAGCCCCUUCUCUGCUCCUGGAGCGUGAGGGGCAUAACCCACCUCUGGAACCACUACUGCCCCUGCCCCUAAAGCUCCUGGGGUCCCUGGCACUGUAGGCCAGCCCUGGGCAACACUGCAAGAGCCAGCCCAGGGUGGGUGGCAGAGCAGGGGGAACCACUGAAUGUCCCCUGAGGAGACCCCCACCCCAUUGUCAGGGAGCAGGGUGGGGAGGGUUCAGGAAGCAGAGGMACUCUAAGUGCCAGGGUGGAGGCAGCCACCCUGGCAGCUGCCCCAGCUGGUGCCAUGCCUGUGUUGUG